AUGCCAUCGGAAGUUACGCCAAAAGUACCUGAGAGGCCCUCAAGGAGGAAGACAUCUGAGCUGUUUCCGUUAUCCGGCUCUGAAUCAGGAGAUAUUAAAGCUAAUAGCGAGCCACCAACACCAGCAGGAACGCCCAAUGUACCAACACGUAGACCCAUACUUAAAGCAAAGACGAUGACUUCGUUUGAGAGUGGUAUGGAUCAAGAGAGUUUGCCCAAGGUACCAUUGCAGAGGCCAGUUAGACGCUCCACUACUGAAGAACUAAAUAAUGUAAUGAAUAACACCAGUAAGGAGUUAGAGGAGAUUGAAAGUUUGAUUUCAAAGCACAAUAUACACAAUGUUUCCAGGAAAAAAAGUCCAACUUCUGUGGAAGAGGGAAAGGUGGCCGCCAUUCAUCAAAACGGGCAAAGAAGUGCAUCAGAUAACAAAACUUCUACAAAUCCCUCCCCACUCGAAAAAAAUGAGCACGAGGGUGCUGAGGGCAAUGAGUCUGCUAUUUCACCUUCUAAUUUAGUUAACAAGUCUAAUAAUGAAGUGACAGAGCAUAGUGACUCCGAAGACCUUACUGAAAAGCAAAAGGUACAUGCUGCCCUAGAUAAUGAGGCAGGGGAUAGAAGCCAUUUUGAAGAAAAGCUCAUUCCUGGAGAUAUGAAAGUACAGGUAGAUGUUAGUAAGGACGUAGAAGAAGGCAGCCUCAAUGCUCUGCCUCCAUCUGGAAUCACAGAAUCAGACGACAAAGCUGAAAAGUUCACUAAACAUCCUGAAUCUAGUUUAGAAGAGCUACAGAAGCAUCAAGAACAACAGGAAGAAAAAAUUUUCCAAAAUCCAACCGAUGAAGAAAGUACUACCUCUUUGAAUGAGAAACAAGAAGGCAAGGACAACAUGGAAGUGAAUUCUCAGCCGCAAGGACCUUCUGAUACUGAAACAGUUAUAGCAGCAACUAGCUCAAACGUUCCUUCACAAAUUGCAAGUGAAGAGGAAAAUGACGUUCCAGUGAUUCCAAGGAGUAGGCCUAAGAAGGAUUUUGAAGCACACGUACAAAAAGAGGAGUUGCCUAACACACAAGAGAAGCGAGUAUCAGAAGAGUGUGAUUCGACCCUAAUUAGUACCGAAGAGGAAAGUAAAAUCCCAAAAAUUCCCUCUGAAAGACCAAAGAGACGUGCCCCACCUCCGGUUCCCAAAAAACCUUCUUCAAGAAUUGCGGCCUUUCAAGAAAUGUUACAAAAACAACAGCAACAAGAUCUGCAUAAUAAUGGUAAUUCUUCAGCUACUACCGCUUCAGCAGAUAUUGCUAAAAAACACACAGAUUCUUCUAUUACUAGCGAUACCACGAAGGCAGAUUUUACGAGCAAAUUGAAUGGACUGUUUGCGCUACCUGGUAUGGUGAACCCUGGACAGCUUCCACCUUCCUUGGAGAAGAAGUUGUCCUCCCCGGAUACUGAAUCUAAGCUAGGACCCCAGGACCAAUCACAGGCAAAAACGGGACCUCUGGGCGGAACUAGAAGAGGUAGAGGACCUCGUGGGCGUAAAUUACCUUCUAAAGUAGCUAGCGUAGAGAAGAUUGAAGAAGAUGACAACACUAAUAAAAUAGAAAUAUUUAACAAUUGGAAUGUUUCCUCUUCCUUCUCUAAGGAAAAAGUCUUAAUAGAUACUACUCCUGGUGAGCAAGCAGAAAGGGCCUUGGAUGAAAAGUCAAAGAGCAUUCCCGAGGAACAACGAGAACAAUCUCCAAAUAAGAUGGAGGCUGCUCUUUGUCCUUUUGAGCUGGACGAAAAGGAAAAGUUACCUGCUAAUGCUGAGUCGGAUCCUCUUUCUCAGUUGCCACAGACGAACGCCGUAGGUAAUAGAAAAGCCAUAAGUGAGGAAUCUCUGUCCCCAUCGGAGGCCAUCGCCAACAGAGAUCAAAACGAUACGACAGAAAUACAGGAACAGCAGAUGGAGGACCAAAUGGAGGUUGAUAUGGAAAGAGAACUCUCAGGUGGCUACGAAGACGUUGAUUCUGCCUUACAUUCAGAAGAAGCGUCUUUUCACUCCCUUUAG